AAAUAAGCCCCAGAGGAUUCUAUCUUCUUGCUUUGCAUAUCCCUCAGAGAAAGCUGGAAAACUCAGUCACUUGGGCUGCCACUAUACUGUCCACUCCUCUUUACUUUUAAUCACUUUGUUCCACCAUGUCGAAUCAUCAAAGGGCUUCCACUAGCCAUAGAAGAGAGGAUGAUGGAGAAGAUGAAGAAGAAAUAAGAGAAAUCCACGCCUUGUCGCCGCCGCCGGCUCCCCCACCUGCAAACCGUGGCCGUCGACUAGAUGGUUGGGAAACACAUAGCCGGCGGUCGUCGUCUCUUUCCGUGGCCAGCACUGAAGCUGCUUCCGUCGAGAACUUCACCAGCAUGAGCAGAGAAUUCAGUGCUCUGGUUAUAGCGGGAUCGAGCAUUAACGGUCGUAAUUUUAGCACUCAUUUGAACGGCCAUGAAAACGAAGGAGGCAACAACCUGGGGAGAAUCAGAGAAGAGGACACGACGGAGGAGACGAACCAUUUGGCGAUCGUACCCGAUCAUAACCCGUUAGGAAUGGGAGGCGGGUCAGCUUCAAAUGGUGAGCGUGAAGUACUGUCGGUGCAGAGAGUGAAGAAGGAGGAGGUGGAGGCCAAGAUAUCCGCGUGGCAGAACGCUAAGAUCGCCAAGAUCAAUAAUAGGUUCAAGAGAGAAGACGCUGUCAUCUCUGGUUGGGAGAGUGACCAGGUUCAGAAAGCUACUUCUUGGAUGAAGAAAUUCGAGAGGAGGCUGGAGGAGAAGAAGGCGAGAGCAUUGGAAAAGAUGCAAAACGACAUCGCAAAAGCUCGAAGGAAAGCUGAGGAGAAGAGGGCAUCAGCGGAAGGCAAAAGAGGAACUAAAGUGGCAAAGAUCCUCGAGAUUGCCCAUCUCAUGAGAGCAGUUGGAAAAUUUCCAGCCAAAAGAUCCUUCUUUUAAUCUUUGCCAUAUCUUAUAUUUUGAAUUUCAUUUUUUUUGGACAAACAAUAUAUUAAAGAUGCAUAUUAUUAUGUGGAUCAUGGUUGUCCGGAUGUCAUGUUUGUGGGUGCCCGCAAAAGAAGGGUGUCUGUCAUGUAAUUAUAAGCCAGUUGGGGUGAUUUUGAGUGCUAGCUACAAUUUGAAGUGUUUUUGGGUUUUGCUCUGUCGAUUGAUAUAUUGAUUCCUUUGUUUACUCAA